UGGAUGAAUGCAUACAGUGUCUAAACUCUAGAAGACUAGCUUCUCUGGUUUUCAGGAAGGUUGUGUCAGGCCUUGCCACGCAUGCCUGAUCAGUGAGUCUGGCUCUGUCUGGUGGGGACACUUCCCUGCCUUCCUGAUCUCUGAGAUCCCUUGAGACAUGGUUUGGUCCAAGCUCAUAAUGCACUAGACUGGAGUAUUCCUUAUGACCUCGAUUGUGCUGCCCCAAGGUGUGAGGCAGCCUGGGCACUACUCAGCAUCCUGGGUACCUGGGAAGCCUCGCCUUGUUUUAGCCCACUAAUCUGAAGAAACCCAUCCGAAGGACGGACCCUCCUGUGGCACGAACUGCUCUUGAAGUCGUCAUGCGGAGGAACCCCUUCGGCGUGGACAUCUGCUGCCGGAAGGGGUCUCGAAGCCCCCUGCAGGAGCUCUACAACCCGACCCAGCUGGAGCUCUCCAACACCGCUGUCCUGCACCAGAUGAGGCGGGACCAGGUCACGGAUACGUGCAGGGCCAACAGCGCCACGAGCCGCAAGCGGCGGGUGCUGACCCCCAACGACCUGAAGCACCUGGUGGUGGACGAGGACCACGAGCUCAUCUACUGCUACGUGCCCAAGGUGGCCUGCACCAACUGGAAGCGGCUCAUGAUGGUCCUGACCGGGCGGGGCAAGUACAGCGACCCCAUGGAGAUCCCAGCCAACGAGGCCCACGUGUCCGCCAACCUGAAGACCCUGAACCAGUACAGCAUCCCAGAAAUCAACCACCGCUUGAAAAGCUACAUGAAGUUCCUGUUCGUCCGCGAGCCCUUCGAGAGGCUGGUGUCCGCCUACCGCAACAAGUUCACCCAGAAGUACAACACCUCCUUCCACAAGCGCUACGGCACCAAAAUCAUCAAGCGCCAGCGGAAGAACGCCACCCAGGAGGCCCUGCGCAAAGGCGACGACGUCAAGUUCGAGGAGUUCGUGGCCUAUCUCAUCGACCCGCACACCCAGCGCGAGGAGCCCUUCAACGAACACUGGCAAACCGUCUACUCGCUCUGCCACCCGUGCCUCAUCCACUACGACCUCGUGGGCAAGUACGAGACGCUGGAGGAGGAUUCUAAUUACGUCCUGCAGCUGGCAGGCGUGGGCAGCUACCUGAAGUUCCCCACCUAUGCCAAGUCCACAAGAACUACUGAUGAAAUGACCACAGAGUUCUUCCAGAACAUCAGCUCAGCGCACCAAACGCAGCUGUACGAAGUGUACAAACUCGAUUUUUUAAUGUUCAAUUACUCAGUGCCAAGCUACCUGAAAUUGGAAUAAAGGGGGUGGGGAGAGGGAGAGAAUCAUGCUUUUUAAUUUAAGAUUUUUAUUUGUCAAAAGAAUUAUAUGGAUAUUGGGUUAUUUUGUAAAUUAAUAUUUCUUUGGGGAUGAUGCUGCAAGCAGCAUAGUGAGAAUUAUUUAAAAUCCUUAGUAGGGAAGGACAGCUGAUUUUGCAGGGGAAGAGGGUGGGUGUCCUCGGUUUUAGACGUGAACCCUGCAACACUGUCUCAAAGGUUUCCUUGUGUUCUGGUGAAUUCCAUGAAUUGUGCAUUCCAUAAAUUCUAAUUAAUAUUAUUUAUAGUUAUUUAAACAUGCUCUCUGUAUAGAUUUCUUUUUGUGGCAGCAAAACUCUCAUGUCUUCGCAGAAGAAAUCUAUGUUUCACUCUG